AAAUCCAAUUGGUGGGUUGCAAGUCAUUUCUUGGGCGCGCUAAAAACAUAUUUGUCGUAGAUUAGCAGCAACACAGAACAAUCAUCAGUCAUGUAAUGCUGGCGAUGUGUCGAACGAGAGAAAUGUACAGUUUAUAACGCCGAGAUGGAUCGUUACAAUAACCUGAAAGUCCUGUUGAAGAGCUGGGAGUCAUCCUUUAUUCAAGAACACAAGAGAAAACCAAACAAGGAUGAUGUAGAUAACGCUCCAGAAGAGAUGAGAGAACUUUACAAAGAAUACAGAGCUAUGAAACGAGCAAGAGAAAGUGAGAAUGCAGAGAGCAGAGACCAUGAGAAUUCAGAGCCCGCGGGCCGAGCCCAGCGCCCAGAGCCCCACGCAACAGAAAAGGUUCCUGAGGCUGAUUGCUGGGGGUCACAUCUGAACCGGGCAAACGCGGCAACAACCCCGAAACUGACCCCGAAAGAAAAGGAGUCUCUGAAGACUUCAGCACAGUACUUUGGAAUGAAGUUAAAAUCUAACCUGGGAGCAUACAGCAAGGACCGCCCGACAUCUUUAAGGAAAUCUUUCACACCAAAGAGAACUCCACUGAAGUCAUGUAAGGAGAACCCAGACCCCAUGGAUAAGACAGACCUGGUUCCUCCCAUGCCAAAACCAGCCAACACUACGCCCAACCCGACCCCUGUACCAACCUUGGAUCUGGAGGAAAAGGAAGAACCAUUUCCCACAAUUAAAGGCUUCACUCCAUCCAGGAUCACGCCAUCCCCAGCCAGUGCACCAAAGGGCCUUAGGAGCAGAGUCCAGUGCUUACAGCAGUCCAUGACAAAGAGGUUGCUGUCAGUGGACCCAGGCUGGCUGGAGCGCUGCCAGGUGUUUGGAGACAUGGAGGAUCAGGAGAAGCCUGUGGUAGGAAACUUGGCAACACCAGCUCCACCGCCGAAGGAAAGUGAUUGGGACUUUGAAGAUGAUGAAUCAGAGUACCUGCCAGUCAGCGUGACUAAGAAGAAACAAGAGCCUCAAAAGCCUCUAAAGUGUGAAAAGCCUCUAAAGCUUCAGGAGACUGGAGAGAGUGAAGAUGAUGCCCCCUUUGUUACAAAAGUGGUGCCUGAGAAGAAAGAGGUGAAGAAAGCAAGCAGAAAGAGACGGAGGGUGGCAGAUUCUGAGGGAGAGGAAUGUCUGGAAACUCCGGAGAAAGGUGCGGCCAAAAAGAAGAGAAGGACUAAGAAAGAGUCUCGCUCCACAGCGCGCAAGAUAUCCGAGAGUGACGAAUCUGACAAGGAGGAAGGAGCCAGGGUGGAGCCAGAAAAGGCGAAAGCAAAGGUACCCGCUGAGAAUCUUCUGGGAGAAAUUGAAUACGAAGAGGUCAGAGUCAGCAGGGCAGAGGUUCGGAACAGUGCUGUGUCAAGAACAGCACCAAAGAGUGAUGGAAACUUUGUGAAAAUUAAUCUGAAGAGGAAAUCGCAUGUGAAAGGCUAUGCUCUGAAAGGGGCUGCCCUUCGCAAACAGAUGUACGUGCAGAAAUUUCAGCUGAAGGGCGAGCGGUUUGGAGGAGGAGGAGGAGGAGGAAGAGGAGGAAGGCGGGGCGGUUUUAAUCGGAGUGGCGAUAGCUGUUUCAAAUGUGGAGGCACCGGGCACUGGGCCAGAGACUGCAAGGGUACAGCUCUAGCGCCUGCUCCGGAGAAGGUGCUCGACGAGGAAGAAGCUGCUGAGGAGCAGUUUGAGUUGCCCACGCUAGAGGAAGUGGCUCGCUCCACCAGCACCCUGCGCAGUGAUCCAAUAGUCCCCUCCAGCUUCAGUCAGGAGGACAAGUCUCAGAUGAAGGAGGAGGAUCAUGUGUUCAUGAACGUGAUCAGGCCAGAUUAUGAAAAGCCCACCCCUCCUCCAGCCAUGGAACCGCUCUACAGCCUUGGGGAGGACGGCAAGGUUAUAGACACACCUGCCGAGGUUUACGAGGCUCUGGCAGAGUUUGGCUACAAGUCCUUCAGACCUGGUCAGGAAGUGGCCCUCAUGAGAAUCCUCUCAGGUCUGUCCACUCUGGUGGUCCUCUCCACUGGAAUGGGGAAAUCUCUCUGCUACCAGCUGCCAGCCUACUUGUAUGCCAAGAGGUCAAAAAGCAUUGCCUUGGUGGUGUCUCCUCUAGUGUCUCUGAUGGACGAUCAGGUUUCUGGACUCCCUCCCAAAGUGAAGGCUGUUUGCAUUCAUUCCAACAUGUCAAAGAACCAAAGAGAGGCUGCUAUUGAAAAGGUGAAGGAAGGCAAUGUCCAUGUGCUGCUGCUGUCUCCGGAGGCCCUGGUUGGAGGAGGGCAUGCAGGGCCGGGCUGCCUGCCCCCUGCUGACCAGCUCCCUCCUGUGGCCUUCGCGUGCAUUGACGAAGCUCACUGUGUUUCUGAGUGGUCCCACAACUUCCGACCCUGCUACCUGAGGCUGUGCAAGGUUCUGAGAAACCGGCUGGGGGUGCGCUGCCUGCUGGGCCUGACAGCCACCGCCACUCUGGCCACGGCCCGUGACAUUGCCCAUCACCUGGAGAUCAGGGACGAGGAUGGGAUAGCCGUCCGUUCUGCUGCCAUCCCACCCAACCUGCAGCUCUCCGUGUCCAUGGACAGAGACCGGGAUCAGGCCCUCGUGUGUCUGCUGAAGGGUGACCGGUUUGGCUCCCUGGACUCAGUCAUUGUGUAUUGCACUCGGCGAGAGGAGACGAGCCGAAUCGCUGCCCUGCUCCGGACCUGCAUGCAGGGGGUGCUGUUGAAAGAGUCCUCGGAGCCACUCGGAGAAGGAGAAGGAGAAGCAGAGGACACGCAUGGGAAACGAAAGAAGGCACUUGCUAAAAGGAAGAUCCGGAAGCCGCUGAAGUGGAUGGCUGAGUCGUACCACGCCGGCAUGACUGGGGCCCAGCGCCGGAGAGUUCAGAACAAUUUCAUGUGCGGGGAGCUGCGUAUCGUCGUGGCGACAGUGGCCUUCGGGAUGGGCUUGGACAAGUCUGACGUCCGGGGGAUCAUCCACUACAACAUGCCUAAGAGCUUCGAGAGCUACGUGCAGGAGAUCGGCAGGGCUGGCAGAGACGGGAAGCCAGCACACUGCCACCUGUUUCUCGAUCCUGAUGGAGGAGAUCUGAGUGAGCUUCGCAGGCACAUAUAUGUAGAUACGGUGGAUUUUUACACUGUCAAGAAGCUGGUCCAGAAGGCAUUCCCUCCUUGCAUGUGUCUGCAGAUUCAUCAGAAGCAACAGGACCUAAUGAGGGCUGUGGAGGUGGGUGAUGCAGAGAUGUUUGAUCUCCUUGACCCUUCCAAUGAGCCAUCAGCUGACCAGCAGGAGCCAAAGCAGGGGGCGGAGCAGGGGCCCGAGCAGGAGCAGGGGGCGGAGCAGGGGCCCGAGCAGGAGCUGGGGGCUGAGCAGGGGCCCGAGCAGGAGCAGGGGGCGGAGCAGGGGCCCGAGCAGGAGCAGGGGGCGGAGCAGGGGCCCGAGCAGGAGCUGGGGGCUGAGCAGGAAGUGGGGGAGGAGGAGGAGGAGGAGGAGGCAGAGGCCGAGGAAAGCAAUAAAGCACCCAGAGUAUGCCACACACAUGAACGAGCGAUUCCUAUCCAGGAAACUGUAGAUUCUCUUGACAUCACAGAAGAAGGUAUAGAGACCAUCCUGUGCUACCUGGAGCUGCACCCCCAGCAGUGGGUGGAGAUGCUGCACCCGACCCUCUCCACCUGUCGGCUGGUCUGUUACAGUGGACCCCAGCAGCUCGGGAUGAUCGCUAAGAUUUGCCCCCCAGUCGCGGUCACUCUGGCUCGUCAGCGCAUGGCUGGGGUGAACCACGCCCACACCAGCUCAGUGGAGUUUGAUGUGGUGGAGCUAUCAGACUCCAUGGGCUGGGAGCUGCUCCCUGUGAAGAGAGGACUGAGGCAGCUCCAGUGGAACACGCAGAGAGGUCCCACGGGCUUCAAGGGGACAGGCAAGAGUGGUGUCCUGGUGGAGUUCUCAAACCUUUCCUUUCACUUCCGUUCCUAUGGAGACCUGACUCACCGGGAGCUGGAUGGCGUGUGUCAGUUCCUGCACCAGAGGGUGCUGGCCCAGGAGAAGACUCGGCUCUACCAGCUUCUAGCCUGCUUCAAGGCUUUCCGCAGUGUCGCAUAUCGCAACUGCAGUUCCUGUGCAGAUGAGCUGGAUGUGGAAAGGAGCCUCAAGCUCAAAGCUUUGCUGAAAGACUAUUUUGAUAAGAAGGUCGACCUGGACCUGAGCAAACAGUACCAGGAGUAUGUAGAGGAGGAGGAAGCACUCAGCAAGUUCAAGAUAAAAGACUGGGAGGACCAGAUCCGAGCAGAUAUCAGAAGUUUCCUUUCCACCCACGUGGACGAGAAGUUCUCUGGAAGAGCAAUAGCCAGGAUAUUUCAUGGAAUUGGAAGCCCUUGUUACCCAGCAGUGACGUAUGGAAGAGACAGAAGAUACUGGAGGAAAUAUAUCAAUUUUGAUUUCAAUGACAUAAUCCGAAUGGCGACUCAAGAAAUCAUCGGAAUAAAGUAAAACUAUGAAGGUUCUGGAAAUCUGUAAAACAAAUAUUUACAUUGAUUUUCUGUUCAAGAACGUAUAAUGUAUGUUAACGCCUUGGCAUACUACCUCAGAAUUGUAGUGGGAAGCAAUGAAAAGUGUAAUUGUUACUCAAGUGAUCCCUUUGACCAUUUGUGCCAUUUUGCACAGUAGUAGUUAAGUGUGGGUUUUUCUUUUCAAUGACCCGGAGAUCGAUCUAAACUCAACAGGAUCCACUGUAGGAGAUGUUGUUGGCUGAAUGGAUUAAAGCCAAAGAGGGUCUUUCAGCUUGGGUUAACAUCUCAGAAUCCUUCAUUUCAACACCAAGGGUGUUACAUGUGUAGUGUUCUAUGUGCAUUUCCUAUGUGUAUUUCCUUUGUCUUAUUAGUAUUUGUUUGUAACUAAAUGUGUACUUUAUAAUUGUGUUUAAGUAUCGCUUACCUAUUGUGGAUUUGUAAAAGAAAGCUUUUAAAUAUAUUUUGUACGGACUGAAGUAAAAAUGUAUAUUUUAAUAAUAAAUUGAUAUCGUCUUGUAAUAA